AUGCCGUUCCCUUUUGCGUUACCCACAACAAGCUCCGUUCUACUGUCAGACUGCUUCUCGUCAGUUACACACCCUUCUCUACCACUACAAGCAACAACCAAACGUUCAGUGCUGAAGGAUACCCUGAAGAAGCACAAGCGUUUGCCGGCUCAAUCGCGCUCCAGCCAUCUCUCGAUCGUGCAAGAUGCCUUAACGAACUACAUCCCGUAUCUGCUGGCAUUGAACACAGCGAGCAGCUUCCGUGACGUGGGAACUGAAAGGGUCGAUGUCGAUGUUGUCAAGCCGCUGGAGGUCGAAUGGCGAACUCCACUCACAGCAGCUCUGCCUGGUCGUGAAGCACCUAGGCCUAAGUUGACGGGAAUACACAAUGAGAUUGCGUUUACAUUCUCAACACUGGCUCAUGUACAUGUGUUACUGGCACGGUCGCAAUUGGGUUUCUUGCACGGCUCGCCCUCUCUGUCGCAAGACCAGCGAACGACAGCUCUCGCCACAGCCAUGAAGCACUUGCUGGAAGCCCACAGCAUUCUCAAAUACUUGCUUUCAGUACCGUCUGUAUCUGCAUCAAAGGAAUCUCCCAUCGACGUCCAACCUUCGACCAUAUCUGCUUUGGCUUCCCUGGCCCUCGCAGAAGCCACUCUGACCGUCGUUUCCAAAGACGAUCCGUAUGCGGCAGCUGUGGCAGAUGAUCGAGACGAGACCAAUCGGGACUGGAUGUUCAAAGCUCCAACGAUACCGAAAGUUCGUGCCCACCUGUUCGCUCGCAUAUGCUUAGCCGCCGCAGAGCAUGCGAGUCAGGCCUGCGGGCUCCUGACUGGAAAUACUGCGGGCAAGGUCGAUGAAGAUCUGUCCAAGUAUGCCAACGACCUCCGCCGGACAGCCAGAGCCAAGUCUAUACGCUUUCUGGCCAUCGACACCGAGCUUUCCGGCAAUACUGGCGAAGGAUUGGCAUGGCUCAGGGGUGCAAAGAAAGAACUCGGUCUGGCUGUCGAGCUCGAAGACGGCAAGCGCAAAGGUUUUAGAGGUCUAAAGCAAAGCUGGCAAGAAAAGCGCGAAGACCGCCGCAUCGAGAAGGGCGGGGAAUGGGGUAUGGAUGCCGGCAGGCUCGAAGAAGCGCGCGUUGUGGAAAUGCUCGAAGCCAAAUGGGAUCGGGAGAAUAGCGCAGUCAAUGUCCAGACUGUACCACCAUUCGAGCCGUUACUUGCGAGACUGCCAACCGGUCGAGAGUACCACACUCCACAGGCUUACGAGCCCCCCACGCUCGACGCGUACAUACUGACGCAAUUACGUGCACCUCCGGAUCCAGAGGACCUUGCGUUCCGAGGCGAUGAGGAGGAUAGCGGAGGCGAGGAGCGCUUCCGCAGAGGCGACCCACCUGGAGCAUUCCCUGGAGCAGGCCUCGAUUACGAACGGAGCGCGACCAGCAGUAGCUAUUACUGA